AUGCGGGGUACCCGGUGCUAUCUGCAGUCGUGCGUGCGCGGCGGCGGGUUAGGGCAACACGCCGAGGCUCUUUUUCGCCUCCGUCCCGACACACUCGGCCCUCCGCCUGAUAGCGGGAAAGUUGCACAAGCGUGGGUGCCUUUGGCACGCACCAUUGCUGCGGAGCCCCUCGAUGCCGCCAACGCGCGUAUGUACCUUGACACGUCGCCGCUGGGUGGAUUGGACGCCGAUGCCGAUCCGGAGGAGAGAUACAAGGGAUGCAUGCUGCGGGUGGAGUCGAAGGCGCGUGCCCCCACACACUCAAUGGGCGGACGGCUCCGUGGAGCUCGGAGUGCCGUCUGGCUGCGCCGCCCUCUUGUUUGGGUGCCAGGCACGCGCCCGUGCAGCGUGAAGUGUGGCGGCGGCUCGCUGGCGUGCGGCUGCCGAGCUGAGUGCCAGACCAUGGAACAGGUCCCCGCUGAGCUCCUGCCGCGCGUCCCGGCCACGUCUGGCAGACGCGCCGCCGCCGUGUUCACCGACUUCCUGUCUCUUCUGGGCGCGACUGAAACUGGUCCGACCCGGGUCACGGACGGCGGCUCCGCCGCAUUUGGAGCCUCAUUGCUGGCCCGCUCCGUCGUGGCGCGUGCGCCUGCGCUUUAA